CCUCGUAAAACUUGUGUUUUCUUGUAGUGUUUAGUUACGUGAGCGUAACUCAAUACUUAUAGUUUACGUGAAUAUGAUCUCUCCUUGUUGAAAUUUAUGGAGGUGGCGGCAAAUCAACAGUUCCAAGAAACAGAAAAUUAGAGACAUCCACUGAUAUUAUUCCCUCACACUCAUCUUUCUUGUACACUAUAAAUACUUCUAAACCCUACGCUAAACUUUAUCAUGAUCAUCAUAUUAAAUACAUAUAGAGAUUUAUAUAUUCGUGCUACGAUUACAUAAAUCAUGGUGAUUGCUAAGAACCGCACAGAGCACUACGUAGUAUUGGUCCUUGUUCUGAUAAAUAUGGUGGGAUCAGUGUUACUAGCCACUGAAGGACGACCGGUCAAGUAUAGUUCGACAGCUUUGACCCAGUUAAGAGAUUCACCUGUGUACAAUGGAAGCGUAAUGUCUAAGCUUAAACCAGUUGAGUCAUCUGCACAAGAUGUUUCUUGGCUAGCCACGGUGAAGCAGUCCGGACCAAGCCCAGGGGUUGGUCAUCAUCGAGCCAAAGGAUACAAGACCUUUGGACGAGUCAGAGACGAAUCUGGUCCUAGUCCUGGUGUUGGACACUAAAGAACAAGGCCUACAAAUUUAAAUUAUAAGAAUAUAUAUGCAGAUAUAAUAACUUUACCAUGUUUUAGUAGCCUUUAAGAUGUAACCUUCUUCCAAUUUUUAUGUUUUUCUCCUUUUACUCUUAUCUUGUCUCUAUUCUCUACGUAAUAAUCAUAUAACCAAGCUUUUAUUAUGUUUUCUACAUAUUUCCAAACGACAAUUUGACAGAGGUAUUCAACACAACGAUAUGCAUUGCGAUUUGCCUAAGAGAAUUCUUCUUUAGUUUCAAGCAAAAUGCAAAUAUUACAAUUGAGCAGAAAAUGAGAUUUUGGCAAAAAAAAUGUGAUUUUGAGGUUGUGACAGAAAAAAAUGUAAUUUGACAGUGUCAACAGGAAAGAUAUAUUUGCAAUUUAGUGAGAAAAUACGAUUAGGCAGUUCUGGAAGAAAAUAUAAAUUUGUAGUUUUGGCAUGAAAACGAGGGUUUGCAGUUUUUUUAGGAGAAAUACAAUUUUUGGUCGGAGGAAAAAUAUGAUUAUUUAAAUUUUGGGGAAAGUGUGAUAUUUGUGACAGAAAGUGUGAUAUUUGUGACAGAAAAUGUAAUUUUAUUAUUUUGGCGAAAAAAUUUAUUUAUAUCAUAAUUAUUUAUUUAUCUUAAACUUGGAUCUAAAUAUUUUAUUUGGACAUGAAUGAAUUUCUCGUUUGUUAUUUUUGACAAGUUCAUCAUUAUUCAGAUGCACCAAUUAGUUUUAUCUGAAUGAUAUAUAAUUUUUGACUAAAAUUUUAAAAUGUAUUUGGUUGAAUCAUUUGGAUGAUGUUCAUUUUGUGUCAAAGUGAACAUCAUCAAUUCUCAUCUUUGUGAAUAUUCGGAUAGAUAAACGAACAUACCCUAAGCUGAGUGCUAGAAGGAUUCAAACUAAAGAUGGAGGAAAGCCAUUAAAUCCGUACGACCACUUGUUGAGACUGGGGGGCCACUACUGGUCAAUAACUGCAAGCUUGCAACGUAGUGUGAGCUAUCCUUAAAUUUGAUGUAGGUAAAACUCUUAAUUAUUUAUGUUCCCAAAGAUUUGAUAAUUUCAGGAAGCCAAAUACAGUAUGUCUAAUCCGUAGUAUAAGUAAGAAAAUGCAUGUAAUGAUGAUAUUAUAUGGUCACUGUAUAUAUUAAUAUCUUGAUAUUAAUACAACCACAUGUUACAACCUUUGAGAUUAAAGUUCGUAAAUCUUGUGAGUUGUAAGAAAAAAACACCAGCAAAGAUGGCAAGCAAAAUUUGGAAAAUGAUGGCAAGCAAAAUUUGGAUUUGAAAAAUUUGGAAAAUGACACAAAUCUUUCCAUUGUGGAAAAAGGCAAAAGUUUUAGGCCCUUUAGAUUUUAAUUAAAAAAAUUUAAAAGAUUUUCACACUAAAAAAAUUGAAGUUUUACAUGAAAACAACAGAAAUUAAAAAUAAGAAAAUACAACAAUAGAGAAAAUUAUCAAUGGGCUCGAAUAAAAAUAGUUCGAAUGACCUAACUCACAAAAAGCACAGACCAACAACUUCUGAAACCUUAGAGCUCCACUUGAGACAGAACCCAUGCACACACCCGCUCGGAACGAGGAUCACCAAGGCCACCAUGAAGCUAAAAGGACUGGAAACACCAGAAAGAUUGGUACAAGAGCACAUCUACAGAACAUCUACCUGAAA